AUGGCUCGCAAUAGGAUUAUCCUCAAGAGGAUCGUCAAGGAUUCCACUCGGCGCCUCACGUUAAAGAAGCGCCGCAAGGGUUUGAUCAAGAAGGCUGGAGAGUUGGCCUCAUUGUGUGGUAUUGGUGUAUGUGUGGUAGUGUAUGGAGAGGAGGAGGUCCAUCCAGAGGUAUGGCCUUCCGCCCCGGAGACACGGGCAAUUUUGUCCCGUUUCAAUGCAGCACCUAACGUGGACAGGUUCAAGAAGGUGACAAACCAGGAGGACUACCUCCAUAAAAGGAUUGCCAAGGUCCAAGAGCACAUGAGCAAGACAAAUGAUGAGAAUUUUGAGCGUGAUGCUACCGUCAUGCUCUACGAGGCUGCCAAAAGCAAGCGCCCCAUUGCAGACCUCAAUAUCAAGGAGCUCACCGACCUUGGGAUGGUGAUUGAUGAACGCAUCAAGAACACGAAGGAAUAUAUCGAACAUCGUGGAGGGGCACCACUCAUGGAACCGCUGCCGAUGCUACAAGUGGAGCCAUCAUCCAUGCCAUCAUUGGUGCCAUAUGCCAAUGGCAUUAGCAUGCAGGGGAACAAGAGGAUGAAGGUGGGCACACAACAGAAAGGUUGGUUCAUGAACAUGAGCACCAUGACUAGAGGAGGCUUGGGGACCUCCACCUAUGAUAGCUUUGGCACUAGAGGCGAUGCUGGUGUUGGAACUAGUGCUAGGGGUGAAUAA